AUGGCUAGAGGAAACCAAAGAGAAUUAGCUCGUGCUAAAAACUUGAAGAAACAACAAGAUGCAGCCAAAGGGCAAAAGCAAGGUGAUAAGGCUAAAAGAAUGGAAAGUGAUGCUGAGAAGAUGAGAUUGAAACAAGCAGCAGGAGGCAGAACUAUUAGCCAAGAUGAAGAAGUGAUCCUAUCACAAACUAAUUCCAGCUAUACAAGCCUAAUCGGAAAUCGGUUGGUAUGUAGGUUUGUAGAGUUAUUUAUUUAUAUGGUUUGCUUAUAG